AUGGUCUCCCUCAGACAGAUCCUGGCUGGACUGGCCAUUGUGCCUGCCGCUCUCGUGAGCGCAGCACCCGUCGACGAGCGCUGCGACUGCGACAAGCCUGCCCCGAAAGUCUUCAUAAUUUCAAUGUUCGCCCCCGAAGGAGAAGUAUGGUGGGGAAUCCCCGACUUCAAUAUCCUCGCCCACAACAUCACUGUCCCAGGCCUGUCGCCUCUGUUCCCACACGUCCACUGCACCGAGGACCACGAAAUCUGCCAACUGAUCACCGGUGAAAGCGAAAUCAACGCCGCUACAUCAAUUACGUCGCUCGCAUUCAGUGACAAAUUCGAUCUAACAAACACCUACUUCUUCAUCGGCGGUAUCGCCGGCAUCAGCCCCGAAGUCGCAACCACAGGCUCCGUAACCUUUGCCCGUUACGCCGUGCAAGUAGCGCUGCAAUAUGAACUCGAUGCACGCGAAAUGCCAUCCAACUGGUCAACGGGCUACUUUGCGCAGGGCUCGUAUGGUCCCGACCAAUACCCCGAAAGUAUCUACGGCACCGAAGUCUUCGAAGUCAACGACAACCUCCGCUCCAAAGCCGUCGCAUUUGCGCGCCAGGGCAAUCUGACAGAUAGCGCGCAGGCAGCUUCCUACCGCGCAAACUAUCUCAACGGUGACGGCGCAACAAUCUACCGCGCCGGCGCUGCUGCGCCUUCCGUGGUGGAAUGCGACGUCGCUACGUCCGAUGUUUACUAUACUGGAAACCUGCUAAGUGAAGCAUUCGCCAACACAACCGCGCUCUUCACAAACGGGACGGGCACAUACUGCAGCACAGCGCAGGAAGACAAUGCCACGCUCGAAUCAUUGUUGCGUGCUGCACUCCACAAGCGCGUCGAUUUCGCGCGAAUCAUUGUCAUGCGCACGGCUUCGGACUUUGAUCGUCCAUACCCUGGCGAAGAUGCGGCGUAUCACAUCCUGUAUGCAAAUCAGGAUGGAUUCGAGAUUGCGAUCCAGAACAUCUACAAUGCUGGCGUGCAUGUCGUAAAGGGGAUUUUGGCAGAGUGGAAAGAGACGUUUGAGUGUGGUGUCAAAGCGGACAAUUACAUUGGAGACAUCUUUGGUACGCUGGGCGGAAAUCCUAAUUUUGGGCCUGGAAGGACAAUUGCGUUGAGUGAGGGUGGAGCGUUGUUGACCAAGAGGGGAGCUAGCCAAAAGAUGAGGUCGAUGAGGCAGAGGGGUGUUGUUUUGGCCCGGCCUUAA